AUGGCAGAGGAAAUGUUAGCACAUAAGAAAAAUGGUGCAUGGGAUAUAGUUUCACUACCAGAAGGGAAGAAACCAGUUAUUUUCAGGUGGUUCUAUCAUAUCAAGCAUAAUCCAGAUGGCUCGAUUGAUAGGAAAAUGCUUGGGUGUGAGCCAAUUGGGUCUCCUAAAGAACUGAAUCAUGGUCUUGAAGAAUAUUCUUAUAAACUACCAACUGACAAGGGACAGUACCAAAGAUUUAUGCAUAAUCCAGGUCAACAACACAUGGAUGCAGUCAUCAUGAUACUAAGAUAUUUAAAGUCUGUAUCAGGCAGAGGUUUGAUGUUUUCAAAACAUGGACAUCUUGAUGUAUCGAGUUACACUGACUCGGACUGGGGAGGCAAGGGUGAUAGGAGAAGAUCGACAUCUGGGUAUGUAACCUUCGUAGGAGGUAAUUUUGUAACUUGGAAGUCUAAGAAACAACAGGUUGUUUCUUUAUCAAGUGCAGAAGCAGAAUACAUGACAAUGGUAAAAGGCAUUUGUGAAUUGUUAUGA